UCACACACACACUUCGGUCGGUGAUCUCGAGCCCUCUCCAUCCUCUCCUAAAGCAUUUUACUUUGCGCAUGUACAGGCAAACUGAACAUUUCAUCGACUCCAAGAUGGCGUUAACACCACUGGCUUGCGUUCUGCUUCUCCUCUCCAUGCAAUGCUACAUCAGCACCUUGGCAGUCAUUCUCAAGACGACAAAUCCUAAACCAUGGGUCAAUGAGUUUGAAUCGAUCGAGCUGUCCUGCAUGAUAGAGUCAAUCUCCACAACUAAACCCAGAAUAGAAUGGAAAAAGAUUAAGAAAGGAGAGCCAAGUUAUGUAUAUUUUGGAAAAGCAAUAUCAGGUGACUUGGAAAAGAGAGCGAAAAUUCGAGAACCUGCGACCUUAGUCAUUCUCAACGCAACAAGAGCCGACACUGCUGAUUACCGCUGUGAAGUCACUGCCCCAAAUGACCAGAAAUCCUUUGAUGAGAUUUUAAUAUCACUCACUGUAAGAGUGAAGCCCGUCGUGCCCAGAUGCUCCGUACCCAAGUCCGUCCCGGUAGGCAAACCAGCAGAGCUGCAUUGCUUGGAGGAAGAGGGCUACCCAAAGUCCCAGUACCAGUGGUUCCGCAACAAGGAGGAAAUCCCAGAGGAUCCCAAGAACAGCCCAAAGUUCAUCAACUCCACCUACACCCUGAGCAGAGAGACAGGCACUCUGAAAUUCAGUGCGGUCAAGAAGGAGGACGCUGGAGAAUACUACUGCAGAGCCAAGAACGAGGCUGGGUCCUCAGAAUGUGGACCACAGAUGAUGGAAGUUUAUGACAUCAACAUUGCUGGAAUCAUCCUGGGUGUAGUGGUUGUGGUGACAGUCCUUCUGUGUAUAAUAGUGGGCAUCUUCUGUGCCUAUAAACGAGGCUACUUCACCAGCCAGAAGCAGACGGGAAAGAAUUACAAAGCUCCAGCAAAUGGAGAUGGAGUGGACUAUGUCAGAACAGAGGAUGAGGGGGAUUUCCGACACAAAUCCUCAUUUGUCAUCUGAGAGGAGGAAGAUGGGUGAUGGAAGAGAUGCGGAAUUACGUUGAAAUUUACUGCCGCUAUUAUACCUCGCAGACACAAAUCCCCAAAUGAGGACAUCAACGUCGGAGCUGCCAUUGCACGUGCCUCGCUUUACGGCACAUCUGCAACAACACGAUUUGUAUUUGCCAAAGGUGACAAAUAAUCAUGUCUGAUCACUGAAUAAAAACA